CCUUGCAGGCAUUCGCUCGUGUCAAGCGAUAUGGCGUCUUCUUGAAGCGUACAUACAUCGCAAGUGUUUUCUUGGCAAGUUAUCAAGAUGGCAGCCGACCCCACAGACAAGAAAGAUGCCGAACCCUCAGGAACCAAAGACAGGGAGAGGAAACCUCGCAGCCGCUCACGAGAACGUAAAGUCUCACCGACACGCAAACGCAAUCGUUCCCGUGAGCGGAAUCGCUCCAAGUCACCAGAAAGAGACCGACGCAUGAAAGACAAGGAUAGAGAAAAGGAACGUGACCGGGAUAAGGACAGAGAGAGAGGCCGCAAGGACAGAGACAGCCAUCGGCGUGAUAAAGAUCGCAAGAGGUCCAGAAGUCUCUCACCCAAGUCGAAGGAAAAGUUAAAGAGAGACAAGGAUAUUAAAACAGAAGAGGAAGAAGAUGAAAAAAAGAGGAAGGAAAAGGUCCAACCUUUAUCUUUGGAAGAGCUUCUCACCAAGAAGAAGGCAGAGGAGGAAGCGGAGGCGAAGCCCAAAUUCCUCUCCAAAGCAGAGCGAGAAGCCGAGGCUCUGAAACGGAGGGAGCAACAGACGGAGGAAAAGAGGAAGCUGUUGGAAGAUGAGAGGAAGAAGAGAAGGAUGUUCCAGGACAUGGGGAGAAAAAUGAUGGAGGACCCCCAGGAGAGGGAGAGGCGGGAGAGAAGAGAGCGAAUGGAGCGAGAGAGCAAUGGGAAUGAAGAUGAUGAUGGAAGACAAAAGCUCAGAGAGGAGAAAGAUAAAAGCAAAGAACUCCACGCCAUCAAGGAGCGUUACCUCGGCGGGCUCAAGAAACGCCGGAGAACUCGCCACCUGAAUGACAGGAAGUUCGUGUUUGAGUGGGACGCUUCUGAAGACACCUCAGUCGACUACAACCCGAUUUACAAAGAGAAGCACCACGUGCAGCUGUACGGGCGAGGCUUCAUCGCCGGCAUCGACCUGAAGCAGCAGAAGAGAGAUCAGUCACACUUCUACGGAGACCUGAUGGAGAACAGACGCACGCUGGAAGAAAAGGAGCAGGAGGAGGUGAGGCUGAAAAAGAUGCGUAAGAAGGAAGCGAAGCAGCGCUGGGACGACAGACAUUGGUCUCAGAAGAAGCUGGACGAGAUGACGGACAGAGACUGGCGAAUCUUCAGAGAGGACUACAGCAUCACCACCAAGGGAGGAAAGAUCCCCAACCCAAUCAGGAACUGGAAGGAGUAUUCUCUGCCCGACCACAUCCUGGAGGUCAUCGACAGCUGUGGCUACAAGGAUCCGACUCCUAUUCAGAGGCAGGCCAUUCCUAUUGGCUUACAGAACCGUGACAUCAUUGGUGUGGCCGAGACGGGUAGCGGUAAAACGGCUGCUUUCCUCAUUCCACUGCUCGUCUGGAUCACCACGCUGCCGAAGAUCGACAGGAUUGAAGACUCAGACCAGGGUCCUUAUGCCGUGAUCCUGGCUCCGACUCGUGAGCUGGCGCAGCAGAUCGAGGAGGAGACCUUAAAGUUCGGUAAACCUCUCGGUAUCCGCACAGUGGCUGUGAUUGGAGGAAUCUCCAGGGAGGACCAGGGCUUCCGUCUCAGGAUGGGCUGUGAGAUUGUGAUUGCCACCCCCGGCCGUCUGAUCGACGUGCUGGAGAACCGCUACCUGGUUCUGGGCCGCUGCACCUACGUCGUGCUGGACGAGGCCGAUCGUAUGAUCGACAUGGGCUUCGAGCCCGACGUCCAGAAGAUUCUGGAGUACAUCCCGGUGACCAAUCAGAAACCAGACACCGACGAAGCAGAGGACCCCGAGAAGAUGAUUAUGAACUUUGAAUCUGGAAAACAUAAAUACAGACAAACGGUCAUGUUCACAGCCACUAUGCCUGCAGCUGUGGAGAGACUGGCCAGGAGCUACCUGAGACGUCCUGCGGUGGUGUACAUCGGGUCUGCCGGCAAACCUCACGAGAGAGUCGAACAGAAGGUGUUGCUGAUGUCCGAGGGAGAGAAGAGGAAGAAGCUGCUGGAGGUGUUGUCGCGUGGCUUCGAGCCUCCCAUCAUCAUCUUCGUCAACCAGAAGAAGGGUUGUGACGUGCUGGCCAAGUCUCUGGAGAAGAUGGGGUACAAUGCUUGCACGCUGCACGGUGGCAAAGGCCAGGAGCAGCGAGAGUUUGCGCUCUCCAACCUCAAGGCCGGAGCCAAAGACAUCCUGGUGGCCACAGACGUUGCUGGGCGAGGUAUCGAUAUCCACGACGUCUCCAUGGUCCUCAACUACGACAUGGCUAAGAACAUUGAAGAUUACAUCCAUCGUAUCGGUCGUACGGGUCGUGCCGGUAAGAGCGGUAUGGCGUUGACUUUCCUCACCAAAGAGGACGCGGCGGUGUUCUACGACCUGAAGCAGGCUUUCAUGGAGAGCCCGGUCUCCACCUGUCCUCCGGAGCUCACCAACCACCCGGAAGCUCAGCACAAACCCGGAACCAUCCUGACCAAGAAGAGACGCGAGGAGACCAUCUUCGCCUGAUUCAUCCGUACUGUUUCCACACAAAUUGGACUGAAUACGCUGAACACACACACACACACACACACACAGCAGAGUCUCAAACUGCUUCUUUACGUUGUCACUGUACACAAUCUCUGUUUUGCAUUCUGGAUUUGGUCUCCAGGUAUUUUACGCCCAUCUCUUUUGGUUCUUUCUCCACCUUGCCUCCCUCGCUGUCGGCCUGUUUUUCUCUUUUCAGCCAGUCUGUUGUGUUAACUGGUGCAGCACUCGUCACCGUACUGGUUUGGGGAUUUUAAGACUCAAACGUGGGCAGUUUGUCAUCGAUGUGUGUGAACUUGAAUAUUUCUAUUCAUUCAAAUAAGUAUAAAUGUGGACUCGGUGAUGCACGUUUUGUUUUGCUUCUAUAAGGAUGAGGUGAUGUGACUGAUCUGCAGGGUGUAGAUGCUACUCUUCAGUCAGAUGUGAUACAUAGCAGCCAGGAUGUGAGUGUAGAUGAGUAGUACGUGAUAUGUUUUUAUUGAUUACCAGCUGACCGUAAUUUCCAUUUCCUCACAGUUUAAGAGACCAAUGCCAGAAGUGAUUUUCUUUAGCUUCAGAUGCAUCCUGUGACUAAAUUGUGAUUCAUCAUUUUAAAUAUAAACAUUUGUAUGAGGUGACGUCUGACUCGUGACUCUAUAAUGAUACCUCUCUCUUUCUUUUUCCGAUAGCGAUGAGCUCAAUGGGUAAAUGUUGGGAUGCAGAAAAAGGGUUUAGAUCUUUAAACUUGUACGAAAGAGCAAACUUCUAGCGCCUGAACAUUUAGGAGCGGGAGAGAUGUGGAGUUUAGAUUAAACACUUUGUUGGCUACACGGCUUGUUCACAAAACAAUUUCCAAAACUAUUGUGAGCUUGGCAAGUCAAAUUCCUGAGUCUGACCUUUUUAUGAACAAACAAAAGCAUUUACAUCAGAAACAGUCCAAAAAGCAAUAAAUUAGGAACACUAAAUAAAGGUAAACAUUGUAUUCAUGGACAGUAUGUUCUUUAAUUUAGCUGCCAGACUUGAUUAAUUAUAUUUCUGAACAAGCCAUGUAACCAAUAAAGGCUUUUAAUCAGAGUUCCACCAAUGCUGCCUGAUGUUUAAAGAUAUUUAUUUUAUUUUUUUUUACCUCCGUGUGAAUAACCAGUGAGAUUAUCUCUCAUAGACAACAGCUGCCAACCACCAUCUUUGUUUUAAAGGCUCUGAAAACACGUGUUGUCAGUCAGCUUCUUACUGAGGGUGAUGAGGCUCCACAUCAAACAUGGAUGUGUUUUCUGCCAAAGUUGGAACAGUUACUGACAUUUUUUUAAUGAGGGAUUUUUUUUUUGCAUUUGUCCUUUCUCACCGAUAUUAAAAUCCAGAUGUGAUGAGUUCCGAGGCUGUCGAUCAAAUCUGGUCAAACUACACUCGCACAGUCCUGAAAAAGUAGAUUAGACGGGUUUUUGUGUAGUAAACUCUUGAGUCAUUUUUUCCUGCACUUUAAUUUAGAUAUUUGCUCAUUUUGCUUUGAAUUUACAGAAAUGUGUAACCACGUUUUCAGGGGCUUUUAAAUCACCAGUGUGUAUUCCCUGUUAACCACUGUGUGUGGUCAUAUAUAGAAAGUCAGAGGAUCACCAAAGUGAUUCUGAUUAACUCUAAAGAAGAGAAUCUGUAUCUGCAUCAUAUUACAUGGCAAUCCAUCCACUACAGUCACUAACGAGCACAAAUGUCGACCUCAUGGUGGCGCUAGAGGAAAAGUCAUUACUCCUGUGAAAGUCAUUACUACUAUGAAUGUCUGUACAAACACGUUCAAGGCACCGCUAAAGAGUGGAUUGUGUAAAAGUGAGACAAAAAAAAACGACACAAUUAAAAGUACGUAAAAUGU